AUGCGUGCUCUUUUCCAUCUCUUGACUGGACGAGGUUCCUGGCUACUGCGCUCCUCUUCAUCCAAGGGCUACUACGCGAACUCGAACACGACCCGGCACACAGCUCGUCGUAUACUGCAAUCGUCGACCCUUGCUGCACUUCCUGCAGCCAUGUUCACCCCAGCCGUGACAAAGCCCGAGAGGCUCGGCCCGGCGCCGGACGAUGUGGACAAGAAGACGCACCACAUCAAAAAGGACAGCGCGGGCCGGCCGACCAAGUUUGGCAAUCCGCAUGAAUCUUUUCAGCCACCAGACCCGUGGACUAUCUUUCCUUCGCUUUUUAAGACUUUGAUUGGGCGUUCCCCAUUCCCCAAGGGAGACUCGUCGGUCGUGGAGGCGGUGGAGCCAGAUCUGCUACCCACCAGGACGACGACAACAACAGCACCACUGGCGACUGAAGAAAGUGAAACCUCUGCUGGUACUGGUGCCGCGGACACGUCGCCAAAGUUGCGAGCAACGUGGCUGGGUCACGCCACCUACUACGUAGAGUUUCCUUCGGGCCUGCGGGUCCUCUUUGACCCCAUAUUCGACGAGUACUGUGCGCCCGUGAGCUACUCGCUGUUCAAGCGGUACACGGCGCCGGGUUGCCAGAUUGCCGACCUGCCCUUUGUCGACGCCGUCUGCAUCUCGCACUCGCACUACGACCACCUGAGCGUCGACAGCGUGCGCGAGAUCCACGAGCGGUUCCCCCAGGCGCACUUCUUCGUCGGGCUCGGCCUCGGCGACUGGUUUGCGCGCACCGGGCUGGCUGACCAUGUGACCGAGUGCGACUGGUGGGACGACGUGGAGCUGACGCUCAAUCCUACGACGGUCAGUGGUGGUGGUGGUGGUGGUGGUGGCAAGGAGGACGAGAAGAAGGACGCUGCUGCUGUGACGAAACCCAUUACAGCUCGCAUCUCGUGUCUCCCCAGUCAGCACGGUUCUGGCCGCACCGCUUUUGAUAGAGAUACCACACUGUGGUGCGCAUGGGCAGUCUCAUCAGGCAUCCCCGAGACGCCGGCGACGCAGAAAUCCGUGCUCUUCCUCGGCGACACGGGCUACCGCUCGGUGCCGCGCCUGCCCGCCGACGUGGACGACUACGCGCCGCCGCACGACAAGCUGCCGACGAACCCGCAGUUUCUGCAAAUCGGCCGCCUGCGGGGCCCCUUUGACCUCGGCCUCAUCCCCAUUGGCGCCUACGCGCCGCGCGCCGCCUUCUCCGGCGUCCACGGGAACCCCUUUGACGCCGUGGAGAUGUUUCGCGAUACCCAGUGCCGCCGCGCCGUCGGUAUUCACUGGGGCACGUUUGUCCUCACCCUCGAGGAGCUGCGCGAGCCCCCGCGGCUGCUACGGGAGGCGCUGCGGCGGCGGGGUAUUGCCGAGGAGGGCGUCUUUGAUGUUUCGCGCAUUGGGGAGACGAGGGAGUACUGA